AUGUUGUCGGAUGCAGACUAUUCAGGGAAUGCCUCUGGUGCUCGGCGAGCCAAGAAGAGGAGCUCCGGGGACUCACCGGGGGACGGACAGACCCUGCGCUCCUCUGGGAGACAGAUCAACGUGCGGGUGAAGCGCACCAACAACCCUCCACCUGGACAGAGCAAGAGAAAAGCCACAGACACAGAGGAGGAGGACGACCAGUCCGAGAAAAAGUACAGAAAGUGUGAGAAGGCUGGAUGCUCUGCCACAUACCCAGUUUGUUUCGCAAGCGCAUCUGAAAGGUGUGCUAAAAAUGGAUACACAUCUCGCUGGUAUCACCUGUCAUGUGGUGAGCAUUUUUGCAACGAAUGCUUUGACCACUACUACAGAAGUCACAAAGACGGCUACGAGACCUUCGCUGCGUGGAAGAAGACCUGGACUAGUAACGGGAAGAGUGAGCCCAGUCUAAAAGCUUUCAUGGCAGAUCAGCAGCUGCCGUUCUGGGUUCAGUGUACUAAACCGGACUGCAGGAAGUGGCGUCAGCUGACUAAGGAGAUCCAACUCACUGCUUCCCUCGCUGCAUCGUACCGCUGCGGAAUGAAGUUCAACAACAUCAAAACUGAGGGUCCAGACCAGUGCUCCCAACCAGAGGAUCUGAGAGUGGCCGAGGUGACUGACAGCUGGUGGCAUUCAAUGUUGAUUUUGCCACCACUGUUCAAAGAGAGUCCAGCCAGCCCCUUCCUCGCUGCGUACUACCCCGACUGUGUGGGGAUGAGUCCAUCAGGCUCUCCCAGCAACGUGUCUCUGACUGAGCUGAGGGCCGAUCACUGCAGAGCCAUCCAGCCACAAAUUCCAGGCCUGUGUCCGUACUUCCAGCCCUUCUACCAGCCCAAUGAGUGUGGUAAGGCUCUGUGUGUGCGGCCGGAUAUGAUGGAGCUGGAUGAGCUUUACGAGUUUCCAGAAUUCUCCCGCGAUCCCACCAUGUAUUUAGCUCUGCGUAACCUCAUUCUGGCCUCCUGGAACAAGAAUUGCAAGGAGGUGCUGACCUCCCAGAAGUGUGCUCUGAACAUCAUCGUCCGGGGUUUGGUGCGUGUGCGCUGCGUGCAGGAGAUGGACCGAGUGCUUCAGUUCAUGACCAGGAAGGGUCUCAUCAACACCGGUGUGCUGGCUGUGAAACGGCCUCUGCUCCCUGAGAGAUACUGCGCUAAGAAUGUCAUCAUCAUCGGUGCCGGGGCUUCAGGUCUGGCUGCUGCACGACAGCUGCAAAACUUCGGCACCCAGGUGGUGGUGCUUGAGGCGAGGGAGAGAAUCGGAGGUCGUGUGUGGGAUGAUACUUCUCUGGGUGUCACUGUAGGGCGAGGAGCUCAAAUCGUCAACGGCUGCGUAAACAACCCCAUCGCCCUCAUGUGUGAACAGAUGGGCAUCAAGAUGCACAAGCUUGGAGAGCGAUGUGACCUCUUUCAGGAAGGCGGGCAGGUCACUGACCCAGCCAUCGACAAGCGCAUGGACUUCCACUUCAACGCCAUCCUGGACGUGGUGUCAGAAUGGAGGAAGGACAAGUCUCAGAGCCAGGACACACCGCUGAGAGAAAAAGUUCAGGAGGUGAAGAAGAACUUUCUUCAGGAGUCUGGAAUCCAGUUUAGUGAUUUGGAGGAGAAAGUGCUUCAGUUUCAUCUCAGCAACCUGGAGUACGCCUGUGGAAGCACGUUAGACCAGGUAUCAGCAAGAUCCUGGGACCACAAUGAAUUUUUUGCGCAGUUCUCAGGAGACCACACUUUACUCACAAAGGGCUACUCUGUGUUACUCCACAAACUGGCCGAGGGCCUCGACAUCCGCAUGAAGUGCUCGGUUCAGUCCAUUGAUUACUCAGGUGAUGUUGUCAAAGUUACCUCUUCCAACGGGUCCCAGUGGACGGCACAGAAGGUUCUUGUUACAGUCCCACUGACUUUACUCCAGAAGAACUUCAUCCAGUUCAACCCUCCACUUCCUGAAAGGAAACUGAAAGCAAUCCACAGUCUGGGAGCUGGUAUCAUAGAGAAGAUUGCUCUUCAGUUCCCGUACAGAUUCUGGGACAACAAAAUCCAAGGGGCCGACUACUUUGGUCACAUACCACCGAGUCCUGACAAGAGAGGAAUGUUCAGUGUCUUCUAUGACAUGGAGCCACAGGGGAAGCAGGCUGUCCUCAUGUCUGUUAUCACUGGUGAAGCUGUACCUUCUGUCCGGGACAUGGAGGACAAGGUGGUGGUGGAGGAGUGCUUGAAGGUCCUGCGAGAGCUUUUCAAAGAACAGGAGGUCCCAGAGCCAGUGGAUUUCUUUGUGACACAUUGGAGCAAAGACAUGUGGUCCCAGAUGUCCUACAGCUUUGUGAAGACGGGAGGAAGUGGAGAGGCCUAUGACAUCCUCGCUGAAGACGUGCAGGGAAAAGUCUUCUUUGCAGGAGAGGCCACCAACAGACACUUCCCUCAAACUGUGACAGGAGCCUACCUGAGUGGGGUCAGAGAGGCCAGCAAGAUGGCUGCUAUGUAAACUCUAACAGUUCCAGAGCACUUAAAAACACCAGCAUGGACACACGGACUGAACUGAGCAACAGACCGUUAUACACCUUGGACUGCGUGACCUAAAAUGCUCCGGUUAAAAUGAUAUUGCGUUGUACUGUGAUUCGUCUGAUUUACAUGACACCAUUUCCAUGGGGUCAAGUAGCGCUCUGCAGUGCCUGGCUCUUGACAUUUAACAUAAAAGAAGCUAAAGUGCUUUUUAUUUAUAUCAGAAAUCAAGCUGGAAAAUUGUUGGUUACAAGAUGCAAAAUAAUUAUAGGCAAAGCCUGGGUCUGAGAGCAGGAUGGUGAUAUCUUAAAUUUGAGUUUAUUGAAUGGUGUAUGUAGCACUUCGGUGAUGAAAAUAUCAUUUUGGAUUUUCAGGUUAGGGUGCAUGAAACAUUGGUAAACUCUCAGUCAUUUAAUCAUGAAUUCAACUGAGUAAGAUUUAAUCUCCAAGGACUAUAAAUAUUUUUUUGAGAGUCAUUCACCAAUAUUUCAUACAACCCUAAUGACCUUGCAUUGUAAUAUAUGUGAUUUAUGUGUUGGUAUAAACGGUAAAGAGAAAUCGAUAAAAGGUUAGAUAUAUAGUAAGAGUAAUUCUGUGAUAGCACUUUUGAUUUAAAAUCACCAUUUGAUUUAAAAAGAAAUGAAUAGUUCACGUGUAUGACAAGUUCAGUCCUCCCCUUACUGUCUCAGGGAUAUGAUCAAUACAUCACCAACAUCACAAAGCAGAAAAUGAACUGAGAAAAUAAUGAUCGAACGAUUAUGAAGAUGGUUGGGAAAAAUAAUGAAAUAACACAGCCAACCUCUUGAAUUACAGUGAAGUUCCUGAUGUUCGGGGUUGGGGAACAGCACAACAAUGUCCUCACUUUGUUUGAUUAAUGUUAAUUAAUUAAGCUUUACAUGUCGGUCCUCAUAUCACUGUCUGGAUCAGUACAUCUACAUGAUCAUGUCCUGUUUGUUCAACAUUACAGUGUUUGAAUAUUUAUCUUGUGUGUGUAAUAAACUGAGCUUUCAACUGCCAUA